AGGCGGCGCAGGCGCAUUGCGGUGGCGCGGUGGUCCCGCGUGCAGGCGGCAUGUCGGCGCUCCGCUGUGGCUGCAGGGCGGCGGGGCUUCGGAGGGCCCUGUGGCCGAAGGGCCACCCCGGCCUCCUGGCCGAAGAAGGGGCCCUCGGUGGCGUCUGGGCCAGGAAGAGGAGCUUGUCUGCCAACGCUUGUGAGCAGGACCGCCGGAAGGACUGCGGCCACGCAGAACUGCUGGAGGUGCUCGAGGCACGAGUGCGGCAGCUGCAGGCUGAGGGCACGGCAGAGGAGGUGACAGUGAAGAGGGUGGCCAUGGCUCAGGCCCCAGAGACUGGUGGCAUCUGGCCCCCCAGGCAGGCUCCAGUGGGGGCUGAAGGGGCCGCCCCCGAGCUCAGCAGCCACUGGGUGCAGAAGCUGGACAAGGAUCAGCAGCUGAUAGAGAAGUGCUGGCAGCAGCCGGAGGGGAAGCAGCCGAAGACGGUGGAGAAGCCGACCUGGGAGAAGCGUCUGCGCGUGGAGCCGCGGCUGCUGAGCAGGAAGCUGGCGGGCCAGCUGCAGCAGUGGGAGCGCAAGAGGCCGCAGAGCCCCUGGGAAGAGCAGCUGGCCCGGCUGCUGCAGGAGGCCCCGAAGAGGCUGAGCCGGGAGGCAGAUGAGGGCUCCGAAUCCCGGCUGGAGGGCCAGCGCCAGAAGCUCCUGGCCUUCCUGGAGUGCUGCCUGCUCACGGGCCACCUGACCCUGGCCCACCACGUGCUGGCUGCACAGCACAGCCGGGCCCCGCAGCAGCAGCUGCUCACGCUCCGCAUGUACAACACCGUCAUGCUUGGCUGGGCUCGCCAGGGCUCCUUCAAAGAGCUGAUGUACGUGUUCUUCAUGCUGAAAGAUGCCGGCCUGGCUCCGGACCUGCUGUCCUAUGCAGCCGCCCUGCAGUGCAUGGGGCGCCUGGACCAGGAUGCCAGCACCAUCCGAAGAUGCCUGAAGCAGAUGGAGCAGGACGGGCUGUCGCUGCAGGGGCUCUUCUCGGCUGUGCCCCUGAGCACCGAGGAGCGGGCGGAGCUCCUGCGUGCUGUGCGCAAGGCCAGGCCGGCCUUCAGCCCCCAGCCGCCACCCCCGCCUCCACCCCAGGUCAACACCUCACCCCUGCUCCAGGAGAUCUACGCCAAGCAGGACCCCUCUGUGUCCUACCCGAGGCUGCACUUGUCCCUGAAAGAGCUGCAGGGCCUCUUCCGACAGCAGCUUGGCGUGGAGAUGGCCACCACUGUCACCGUGGAGUCUGUGGAGAAGGCCCCGCUCCUGACCAAGGAGGUCCUGCAGGCGCGGAAGACCCUGGCGGCCUUGCGCGCGGAAUGGGAGUCGGUGCUGUCCCUGGAGCUGCAGAAGACCAAGGAGAGUGAGGCCCGCGCUGCUGCAGAAGGCCGCCUGUCCCUCUUCCCCUACCUGUGCCUGCUCAGCGAGAAGGACUUAGUGGGGCUGCUGCUGCAGACCCUGCAGGCGCUGCCCCCGCAUGGAGUGUCGCUCCUCUUCCUGGCGCACGAGCUGGGCCUGCGUGUGUUGAAGAGGAAGCGGCUCAGGAACCGGGUGGAAGAGCUGGAGCAGCGCUAUUCCGAGUACCUGCACCUGCUGGCCUCCGACACCCAGGUAGCAGAGCCCUGCCUGCCUCGCCAGCACUGGGAAGCGCUGGGCAUGCCUGAGGUGCCCCCGGAGCAGCCCUGGCCUGUGUCUGUGCUGGUGCAGCUGGGCAAGCAGCUGGCAGAGGUGCUGGUGCGAGCCGUGCAGAUGCCCAGCAGCCUGGCAGUGCCCCGGGGCCCCAGAACCCUCAUUCCUGUGCUCUACCACGUGUAUGCCUUCCGCAGCUUCCGCCAGAUUGGGAUCCUAAAGCCGCACCCAGCCUUCACGCAGCUGCAGGAGACGGCAGCGGAGCGCACCCUGAUCUUCGAGUCCACGGAGGUGCCCAUGCUGUGCCCGCCCCUGCCCUGGACAUCGCCACACUCGGGCGCCUUCCUGCUGAGCCCUACCAAGAUGAUGCGGUCCCUGGAGGGUACCCAGCAGCACCAGCUCCUGCUGGAGCGCUGCCCGCCCGCCGAGCUGCAUGGCGCUCUGGAUGCCCUCACUCAGCUGGGCAACUGUGCUUGGCGCGUCAACGGGCGCGUGCUCGACCUGGUGCUUGACCUCUUCAGAGACAAGGGCUGCCCCCGCCUGGGCGUGCCCGCCCCGCCCACCGAGGCCCCCCGGUCCCCCGAGGGCCGCCAGGCCCCCAAGGGCCGUCUGCUGCCCGAGGCCUCACCUGCUGACAAGGCGGAGAUGCGGCGGGAGUUGGCACGGCGGCUGAAGGUGGCGCGGGAGAUGCAGAGCCUGCGCGCAGACGCACUCUACCGCCUGUCGCUGGCCCAGCAUCUGCGGAACCACAUCUUCUGGCUGCCACACAACAUGGACUUCCGAGGCCGUACCUAUCCCUGUUCACCACACUUCAACCACCUAGGCAGCGACCUGGCCCGCGCGCUGCUAGAGUUUGCCCAGGGCCGCCCACUCGGCCCCAAUGGCCUCGACUGGCUCAAGAUCCACCUGGUCAACCUCACAGGGUUCAAGAAGCGCGAGUCACUGCAGGCGCGCCGCGACUACGCAGACGCGGUGAUGGAGGACAUCCUGGACUCAGCUGAACGACCCAUGACGGGCCAGAAGUGGUGGAUGGAGGCGGACGAGCCCUGGCAAGCCCUGGCUUGCUGCAUGGAGAUCGCCCAGGUGGUGCAUUCCCCUGACCCUACCACCUACAUCUCUCACUUUCCAGUUCACCAGGAUGGCUCCUGUAACGGCCUCCAGCACUAUGCCGCCCUGGGCCGGGACAGCACAGGGGCCGCCUCCGUCAACCUGUCUCCCUCUGACCUGCCGCAGGACGUGUACAGUGAGGUGGCUGCACAGGUGGAGGUAUUCCGCAGGCAGGAUGCCAAGCAGGGAGUGCGGGUGGCCCAGGUGCUGGAGGGCUUUAUUAGCCGCAAGGUGGUCAAGCAAACAGUGAUGACCGUGGUGUACGGGGUUACCCGCUAUGGUGGCCGCCUGCAGAUCGAGAAGCGCCUCCGGGAGCUUGAGGACUUCCCCCAGGAGUUCGUGUGGGAGGCAUCUCACUACCUCGUGCGCCAGGUGUUCAACAGCCUCCAGGAGAUGUUCUCUGGCACCCGGUCCAUCCAGCGCUGGCUAACUGAGAGUGCCCGGCUCAUCUCACUCACGGGCUCGGCCGUGGAGUGGAUCACGCCCCUGGGCGUCCCCGUCAUCCAGCCCUACCACCGAGACUCCAAGGUCAUGAUAAAAGGCGGGCUCCAGAGCCUCACGUUGAGCAGCAGCGUGGACACCAACCAGAAGCCCAACACGCUGAAGCAGAAGAAUGGCUUCCCACCCAACUUCAUCCACUCACUGGACUCCACACACAUGAUGCUCACUGCCCUGCACUGUUACAGGAAGGGCCUGACCUUCGUCUCGGUGCACGAUUGCUUCUGGACUCAUGCGGCGGAUGUCGAGGUCAUGAACCAGGUCUGCCGGGAGCAAUUCGUCCGACUGCACAGCCAGCCCAUCCUCCAAGACCUAUCCAGGUUCCUUAUCAAGCGGUUUUGCUCCAAUUCUAGAACCUCCAAGAGCAUGUGGGUCUCCGAGCUAAAGGACACGCUGCUGUCAGUGCCUCCAACAGGGACCUUUGACCUGGAGCAGGUGAAGCGCUCCACGUUCUUCUUCAGCUGACUGCCCCUCCGCUCUGUACUCUAGUGUGAAUAAAGGUCUGUCGCCA